AAAAAAAAAAAUUUUUAAUUUUAACCAUUAAAUUUGUAAAGAGUAAUUAAAAAAUUAAAAGUAAAUCUCUAAUUGAAUAGAAACACUUAAUGCUUUAUAAUUUCGGUUUGUGUAUGAUUCAACAAAAUCAACAAAAAAAAUUUACCCAAACAGCCUUCGACGUAAAGCGGACGGAGAGGAGGUUUUGAAACGUGAAUUUAACGUGGAUUCCGCGAUUUACGGUGGUGGGGGCCCCCAUCCGCGGUUCGCUUAUUAACUUCAAGCCUUAAAAUAAGCGCGUAUUUUGACUGAUAGUUAUGUAGUGUCGAGAUAACCUCAAAAUUAAAAGAACCCCAUAACGUUACGAAUAUGUUGCAAGGAUAUGGACCCGUUAUGCAAGCCUUCAUGGGGACACUCAUGACGUGGGGUCUCACAGCUGCCGGGGCUUCUUUAGUUAUUUUUAUUAAAGGGACAAGAAGAAAAUUUCUCGAUGCAAGUUUGGGGUUUGCAGCUGGCGUGAUGAUAGCGGCAUCGUAUUGGUCUCUAUUAUCACCGGCUAUUGAAAUGGCUGAGAAAUCGCAGAAAUACGGUGAAAAUGGGGAAUACGCUUUCAUUCCUGUAGCGAUAGGGUUCUUGCUUGGUGCUGUUUUUGUAUUCUUAGCUGAUAAGUUAAUAUCUAAAUUAGGAUCGCAUUCGCACAACAUGAUGUUGGCUCUACAUAAUUCGUCAACACGCAAAGAAGAAUCGAAACGUAACUCAAAAAUCUCAACCGUAGAUUCAGCAACUGUCGAUUUUACUGAAACAACUGUAACAACGACGUUUCGACGGAGAGGAAGAAUUAAGCAUACUAACGAAGAUGAUACAAUAGUUGAUUCUCAGACUUAUGAGGAGAACAUUGAGGAAAUUCAACAUGGACAAUGGAAAAGGAUCAUGUUACUCGUCGUUGCAAUAACCGUUCAUAAUAUUCCGGAAGGUUUAGCUGUCGGAGUUGGUUUUGGAGCUGUUGGAAGUUCAACAUCGGCAACAUUUGAAAGUGCUAGAAACUUGGCUAUCGGAAUUGGAAUUCAAAACUUUCCCGAAGGUUUAGCCGUAAGCCUUCCGCUUCACGCGGCCGGUUUUUCGACCUUGCGAAGCUUUUGGUAUGGUCAACUUAGUGGUAUGGUUGAACCAAUCUUUGGCGUUCUGGGUGCUUUAACGGUGGCCUUAGCUCAACCCGUUUUGCCUUAUGCCUUGGCGUUUGCCGCGGGCGCUAUGAUAUAUGUUGUAGUCGAUGAUAUAAUCCCCGAAGCUAAUACUAAUGGGAAUGGAAAAUUGGCAACUUGGGGCUCAAUUCUUGGAUUUCUAGUCAUGAUGACUUUGGACGUUGGAUUAGGAUAAGCAGAUGCAAUAAAUUUAUCGAUUAGUAGUUAUCAACAAACUUAGAUUCCUUUUUUUUAACUUUUUAAACGCAAAAGGCAUUUUUUUAAAAAUAAUAAUCGUCACUUUCUUGUCAUUAACGCAUAGGAAAUUAAAAAGAUACAUACAAAGAACUACAUAUCCUCAUUAGAUUAUUUACGUUGUACUUUAAUCAUUCUUUAUUUCUGUACAUAAAAGCCUCUUCUACAACUUCCAUUUUAUAGUGUACUUAUUAGAUUUAUUUCAAAGUUUUAAGUGUUCAAAAUGGUGUUUAAAAAAAGCCAGGGUAUUCUCUUGUACUACUUAAAUAGUUCCACUUUUUAUUCUUAAUCACUAAUUAUUUUCAGUAUUGUAAUUAAUUUGGUUUAAGCCGUAAUCGUGAAGAAAAAAA